AUGUCAUUCCUACUGGCCCUGCUGGGUCUGGUCACGUUGACCUCCGCCGCAUCCACGGCAGACUGGAAGCCAAGGGCCGUGUACCAGACCAUGACAGACCGGUUUGCUCGCACAGAUAACUCAACAACUUCCCCUUGCAGCACUAAGGAUGGGCUGUACUGCGGAGGCACGUGGAGGGGGACGAUUAACCAACUCGACUAUAUCGAAGGAAUGGGCUUCGAUGCCGUCAUGAUCUCCCCUAUCAUCGACAAUAUCAAAGGUCGAGUGUCGUAUGGUGAGGCCUACCAUGGAUACUGGCCGUUGAACUUCGACGCUCUCAACGCACGCUUCGGUACACACCAAGAUCUGCUCGAUCUCAGUGAUGCACUUCAUGCACGUGGCAUGUAUCUGAUGAUGGAUACGGUGAUCAACAACAUGGCCCAAAUCAUCCCCAACGGCACCGACCCGAACAAGGAAGUCGACUACACAGUCUUCAACCCUUUCAAUAACAAGGACUACUUCCACCCUUACUGCAAGAUUACGGACUGGAACAACUUCACAGAUGCACAAAACUGUCAAACUGGUGAUCUCAACGUCCCACUCCCGGAUCUCUACACGGAGCACGAAGAUGUCCAAAACCUUCUCAUCGACUGGGCCAAAAAGGCCAUCAAGACAUAUUCCAUUGACGGUCUCCGUAUUGACGCCGCCAAGCACGUCGACUCCGGAUUCCUCACGAGGUUCUGCAAGAAUGUCGGCGUAUUCAGUACUGGAGAGGUUCUCGAAGGUGCCGUGGAUAUCAUCUCGCAUUACCAGGCAGAAUACAUUGGUAGUAUGCCAAACUACCCGAUCUACUUCCAAAUGCUGCAGGCUUUUACGAUGGGAAACACAAGCGCGUUAGCCCUCGAGGUGGAGGCCAUGAAGCAGUCUUGCCCGGACGUCAACGCCCUUGUAUCCUUCUCUGAGAACCACGACAAACCUCGCAUUGGCAGCAUGUCCAAUGAUACGGCGACGGCCAAAAACAUCCUGGUCUUCACACUCCUCUUCGACGGGAUCCCCAUGAUCUACCAAGGCCAAGAGCAGCACUUCAAAGGAGGCGACCCACCCGAGGAUCGAGAAGCCGUCUGGCUCUCGGGAUACAAUACCGACGCUGAGCUCUAUCAGCUAAUCGCCAAACUUAACAAGCUCCGCAAGCACAUCUACUCACUCGGCAGUGACUACUUUGACCAAACAACACGCCCUGUCUACCAGGGCGCAAGUGAGCUCGCAUUCUUGAAAGGUGUCGAAGGUCGACAAGUCAUCAUGAUGCUCUCAACCCAAGGCUCAAACAGUGGCGCCUACCAAGUGGAUUUGAAGAACAGCUAUAACGCCGGUACCAGCGUCAUGGAAAUCCUGAACUGCAAAACCUACACGCCCGAUAAUUAUGGCUCCUUGAAAGUGGACAUGGACAAGGGCGAGCCCCGAGUGUUCUGGCCCGUGAAAUACAUGGAAGGCAGUGGUCUCUGUGGUUACAACUCUAAAAACAUUACCUUGGCCCAGUUGAAGAAUGCCGCAUCAUCUUCUGCUUCUUCGGUUUUUGCACCUACCACCAGAGCCACAGUUUCGGUCACUCUUUGUCUGGCAUUAACGAGCAUUGUCACGAUCCUUUGA